GCGGUUCUUCGAUAGCGACGUGGACUAUAUAGAAGUCUCCUCAUCCUGAUCAGCAGAUGAUCUUGACUCUUGGAGGGUCCUGGACUCCCUGGACCCUAGCAGUCUCUCCCUUCCCUUCCCUCCAGACGCCAACUCCAACGUAUAUCCAGGAACCCUGGUGUCCAGACUGCAGCCACCAUGCCUGACGAAAAGCAGGACCACCAGGAACACGGUGCAGCGGAGAGGGCAGAAGAAUAUCCUUCCAAAAAAGUCCUGCUGCCCAUUGUGCUAUCCGUCUGCCUGGCCAACUUUCUGGCGUCGCUUGAUCGAACAAUCAUUGGCGUCGCCGUGCCGGCCAUCUCGAACGAGUUCGAAUCUUUUCACGAUAUAUCGUGGUACGAGUCUGCGUAUCUACUCACGUUUGCGGCGCUGCAGCUGCCCAUGGGCAAGAUAUAUACCUUUUUCCGAGCGAAAUGGGUCUUUAGCCUGUUCGUUGUCAUCUUCCAAGUCGGCUCCAUCAUCUCUGCUACCGCCCCCAGCAGCGCAGCCUUCAUCGUGGGCCGCGCCGUCGCGGGUAUCGGCUGCGCGGGCCUGUCGACGGGCGGCCAGGUCAUCUUUGUCGACAUUCUCCCGCUCGAGAAGCGCCCCAAGUACCAGGGUCUCCUGGCGGCCACGUUUGGCGUCGCCGCUGUCGCUGGCCCGCUCCUCGGUGGCGUCUUUUCCACCAAGGCAACAUGGCGUUGGUGUUUCUGGAUCAACCUGCCGAUAGGCGCUUUGGCGCUGGUCAUGCUCCUCUUCCUGCUCCCUUCUAGACCUGCGCCCAAGAAACGGUCGGAGGAAUCACUUGCGUACAAGAUACGACAGUUUGAUCCGGUGGGCACAUCUCUGCUCAUUCCGGGCUUGAUCCUGCUGUUGCUGGCCCUGCAGUGGGGAGGCGAAGAGAAUGACUGGGGGAGUCCCAAGGUCCUGGGGACAUUGGUGCCUGGGUUGGUGCUGCUCCUCUCGUUCGCCGCAUCCCAAGCCUGGAUCGGUAACAAUGGAACCGUUCCGCCCAGACUCCUCAGACAGCGCAGCAUCGCAGCCGCAUCUGUGGCAUCGCUGGGUGUCGGUUCGGCGCUGAUCAUCGUGACAUUCUACUUACCUAUCUGGUACCAGGCGAUACAAGGCCUGUCAGCUGUUGAUGCCGGUGUCCGGAUGCUCGCGUACUUUAUCGGCACCGUGGUAUUCGUCAUUGGCUCUGGAGCCGCCGUCUCCAAGUUGGGCUACUACACACCGUGGCUGAUGGCGGGCACAGUCCUCAUGGCUAUCGGCUGCGGUCUCCUUUCCACACUGCGUGUGAGCUCGCCGGAUGCCCACGUCAUCGGAUUUCAGAUUCUAUUCGGUGCUGGUUUGGGUUUCUCUCUGGCCCAGCCCAUCAAUGCCGUCCAGACGGUCCUGCCGCGCGAGGACAUUCCGACAGGACUCACCGUCGUCAACUUUAUGAACUUUGUUGGAGGCACUAUAUUCGUGAGUGUGUCUCAGGGCGUGUUGACGGGCACUCUACGAAGCGAGCUGCGCCGCAGCGUCCCUGACUUGGACAUAUCGGCCAUCUUGGGCCAGGGCGCGACGGAUCUAUCACAUUCCGUAUCCAGCGAUCAGCUGCCGCUGGUCCUCGUUGCUUACAACAUUGGGUUACGGCACGUCUUUUACUGCGCGAUGGCUGUCUCUUGCCUAGCUUUUGCAGCGUCGUGCUUUCUGGAAUGGAGAACAGUCAAGCCCCCACAAGGAAAUACGCAGGCCGGGCAUGAUGCAAGCUAA